AUGACUUCUCCCACAGGGCACCUCAAGGACAUGCUGAGGGAGCGGCUCUCUAGACCUUUAUUUACCCCUGCUGACCCUGCAUGCUGGGCCCACGGAGAGACAUCCCACUGUUCCUGGUACCGUGUUCCCAUGGAGGACACGUUACCGCUGCACCCGACCCGGAUCAUUAACCCACCAGCCCAAGCUGCGUCCCAACGGUCAACACUCGAGUUGACUCCAGAAGUUCUUCAGUUGUGGGUGUACAUCACCGAGCUGUGUUAUAACCAGAAACAGGACCGGAAGCUGGAAGUUGAAGCCACCAAGGACGAACGCCCCGGUCUGAUGAAAAUUUGGUUCUGGUUUGGUUUCAUCAGAGUCCUGGAGUGCCAAGGCCUCCCUAUCGUCAACGGGCAGUGCGAUCCCUACGCUGCUGUUUCCUUACUCGGCCCUUCAAGGUCAGACGCAAAAAAGACCAAAGCUCGGAGGAAAACCAACAAUCCUCAGUUUGACGAGGUUUUCUAUUUCGAGGUGACGCGGCCGCUGAGCUACACGAAGCGUCAGUUCGAUGUGGAGGAGGAGGAUGUGGACAAACUGGCUCUGAGAGUGGAUCUGUGGAACGCCAGCAACCUGAAGUUUGGGGACGAGUUUCUGGGAGGUGUGCGAGUCCCUCUGCGGGUUUUGGGUCAAGCUGGAGUUCACGAUGCCUGGUACUUCCUGCAGCCCAGAGAAAAUGGAGGCAAGUCAGUGAAGGUAGAAGACCUUGGCUCUCUGCGUCUGAACAUCGUUUACACCGAGGACCACGUCUUCCCCUCCGAACACUACACCCCCCUCAGAGAUCUGCUGCUGCACUCUGCUAAUGUCCAGCCCGUGUCGGCGUCUGCAGCCCACGUUCUGGGGGAGGUGUGUCGAGAGAAGCAGGAAGCUGCCGUCCCGCUCGUGCGUCUCUUCCUUCAUUACGGCAAAAUAGUGCCUUUCAUCAGCGCCAUCGCUCACGCUGAAAUCAACCGAACACAGGAUCCAAACACUAUUUUUCGGGGAAACUCUCUGACUUCUAAGUGCAUCGAUGAGACCAUGAAGCUGGCUGGGAUGCACUAUCUUCAAGUCACGCUGAAACCGAUCAUAGACGAGAUCUGCACAGAACACAAACCCUGUGAAAUCGACCCGGUGAAGCUCAAAGAGUCUGAGAACUUGGAGACCAACAGGGAAAACCUUCGUCAGUACGUCGACCGCAUCUUCAACGUCAUCACCGCCUCUGGAGUUCGCUGUCCCACCGUCAUGUGCGACAUCUUCUUCUCUCUGCGGGAGUCCGCCUCCACCCGUUUCCAAGUUGACCAAGAUGUCCGAUACACGGCCGUGAGCAGCUUCAUCUUCCUGCGGUUCUUCGCUCCGGCCAUCCUGUCCCCGAACCUGUUCCACCUGCGGCCCCACCACCCCGACCCCGCCACCUCACGGACCCUCACCCUCAUCUCCAAGACGAUCCAGACCCUCGGAAGCCUCGCCAAGUCCAAAUCUGCCAACUUCAAAGAGUCCUACAUGGCUGCGUUUUACGACCACUUCAACGAGCAGAAGUACGCGGACGCCGUGAAGAACUUCCUGGACCUGAUCUCCACCUCUGGAAAGUGGGAUCAGCGGAGCAUCGAAACGCCGAUCAUGCUCAAAGAAGGGUAA